CGUGGCGGGGAAGGCGCCGCGGGUGCGCGUCCCGCAGAAACCCCGCGGGGCCAGGAGCCCGUCGGGUUUGCCUCGGCUUUUAAUCCUGCCCGCGCAGUGGAGGGAGCUGCGCCCGGUCAGUGAUGGCUUCGAAACUGGUGCAACUUGUGAAUGAAUGCCUAAGUCCCUUCCGCUCCGCUGGCUUUUUUUUUUGUUUGUUUAAUUUCCAGGUGCGUCCUGCUCUUGGUCUUUUUGUGUAGUACCUUGCCAGUCUAGUGCCCUUUCUUUCCUUCUUUAAAGAAUAAUGAAUUAGCAAUAUUUGAUCCUACUAUCCUUCCUUUUUCUUACAAAAUCCACCCCGACAUAGUGUGCAGCAUCGGCAAUGUUCCUGUGGCUUUAAUUGGCUCAAGUCACAGCAGACUAAUUUUGUGAGCAAGCUAUAUUUGCAGGAUGCCCCAUAAGAAUAUCCUUGCUAUUCAGUAGAACUAAAACUAAACUUUGUUUCCAUAUUCAUCAUAUUUAGCUCUUUGCUCCAAGGAAGUUUUGGAAACUCUUCUGUAAGAACUUGAACGCUGCAGUUACAGGAAUUGUCCUCUCCAGAAAGAUCCAUCUCAAAGGCAGAUCCAAAAAAGUUGUUUGCAUUUCAUUUUACUGUAUUUCUUUCCUAUAUUCUUGACUUACGGUCUGUUGUUGUUACUCUGCCUGCAGCAUCCAUGGGUUUUGCAUGGGUUUAUAUUUUGUGUGCUGUCUUGUGGUGCUGUGGCUUGUGACUGCAGAGGGGAGAGCAGGUGUCUGUGCCACCACAGAGCCAGCACACAUCUGCUGAGAGUAUCAGGAGAAACCCCUUUAUGCUGUACCUGCUGUCUCAGUCACCUGGUCAAUGUACCAAUUCCUCUGCCUUUCCAUCCUCCACUAAAUGAUACCUGCACAGGAGCAUGGAAGGGCUCAAAGAAACAGAAGAAGUAAUUUAUUCUGAGUAUUUAUUCUGUAUAAAAGCAUGUUCAUGGCAGGACAGGUCAUGAAAUGUACUAAAUACUUACAUUAAUGUCAUGGUGAGGAUGAAAUGCAGUUUGUAAUUACAGCUGAAAGAUCUGCAUUAAUUUGGCAAUCACUAACCAGAUAUGUUAAUAAUUUGCUAACUUACUUUAAUAAGAAAAGAUAAUUUGAAAAAACCCAACUUCUCUAAGUAAGUUAAUAGAGGGAAAUGUAUUUCAUUUUCUUCCAUUGAUGUGUAAAUCAUAAAACUUUGAGGCUUUUCCAAAAGGAAAGAAGGCAAAGAGAAAAUACUGUAGCUAUGGCCCACAUACAUUCACUGUGUUUUUCUUUGUUUCUCUAGCUAAAAGAGUCUACAGCAGGGAAAAAAAAAAAUUAAAUUUAAAAAUUAAAAAAAAACUAGAAGGAAUCCUAGGAAUGCUGACUGCCACACGAUGUUCAUUUUUCUUGGGGAUAAAGGUAUUGAACAGAUUACUGAGAGGAUUUAUUUUUUCCAUAUUAGGGAAUUCUUUGCAUUUCAGAUGAGAGCACAGGAAUGCUUCCAAGGUUUCCAGCAGUGCAGAUCUUGUGUUGCAUGGCAGUAUUUUAUAAUCCAAUUUAUAUAAAACAUUUUGAUGUAGAGAGGGCUAGCUGGAAGUUAUAGGACUGAUGCUUAUAGGAGCUGCAGGAGAUUCUUAGUAACAAUACAUUUGAAUUGUUUCUUCUACUGCUAACAUGAAUUAAAACUCUAUAUAAGAUGCUAAUUUUCAUGGCUCAUUGUUUCUGUCUGCAGGCUUUAAAUGCUCUCUGUCCAUCUGGCACUGAGCAAGGUGAAGGCAUGGAAAGUGUCUAAAGGGACAAAAAAUAAAAAUGUGAAAACAUUGAAUUUCUGGUCUCUGAGCAUACAUUGCUUUUUAAAUCACUGAUUAGAGCAGCUUAUGUUUAACAUUUACUCACUGUUAUUCUGCUUUGGUAUCUGUUUCACCUUGAGCUUCAUUUUAGGAAAAGGAGUGCUUGGAAGACAAGGUGUGAUAGAGAUCUAGAGAAAGCAACCAAGGAAGUAUAUCUGGUGUUUUUCAUAAUGCAAGAACUGCCACUUGAUGAAAUGACCAGCAGCAGGCUUAAAACCAGCCAAGAUGUGUUUUACAGGGGAUGUAAGUGGGCUGCAACCCUCAUUCCCAUUGGGUAUAGUGGACACUGAGUGUAAACAGAUUGGAAAGGGGCUUGAGCAGGUUGACAGAAGAAUUCCACUGACAGACUGACACUCAGCCCAUGGGUUGGGACCCUCUGCCCUUUCCCCUGCCCCUGGCAGCUGUCAGAGGCAGGUUCUUGCCCUGGGGGAGGGGUCUGUUGUCAGAGACCCGUAGCUGAGUUUGCCUUCUGUUGUUGGAGUUGCAUUAUACAUUGCCUUUUCAUUGUGGAUUUGGAGGGGUUGGUUGGAACUUGGGUGGUUUGACAGUUCCUGGGACAAAUGAGAUUUUAUCUGCCUCAUAGUCAAAAUUGCCUUCUGUCUGUCCCAACAGCCCAGAUUCUCAGUUCUUGCUCUUCUUCUAGCUUAGCCAUCCUUCCCUGGGUCUGUAGGCACAUGCUGAUGAGGUGACACUUGCUGGAGAGCUGUUUUGUUUGAAUGUCUCAAAAUAACUGUAAAUUUACUUCAAGGGCAGCAGUAUUGAAACAAAUGUUUUAAGAGUAGGGUAUACUACUUUUUCUCCUGCUCAUCUAUGUCUAUAUGAAAUGUAUAGAUGUGUUCAUCUGUGAACAGUAUCAUAUGGUUCUGCUUACUGCCUGUGACACUGCAAUCAUAAUUUUCUCAGAAAAUACAGUUUUUCCAGUUUUGUAAUUAUUAUAUAAACAGAUUUCAUGCUUGAAUUACCAGGGGUUUCAUCCUGACAUUCUUUAGGAAAAGGUUAAAUAGAAGAUCCUGUCAAACUGAAUUUCAUCAAAAUGUUAGUAAGUCAGUCUGAUAGGUAGGUAUAGCUCAUUUUGAGUCUUCAGCUUUUAUCCUUAAAUACCUGUCAAAGUAAUUUUGUCAGUACUUUAUUAAUAAAUUUUUUUCUGCCACAACCCAUUGCUUUACUAGCCAAUAUGUUGAUGAAAGAUGAAAGAAGUGGAAGUUUUAAUUUGUUUAGGCUUCCUGUUGUUGAAUUUUUUAUCAGACAAAUCAUGGUAUGAAUUGUGGUUUAGUACUGAAAAAGACAAAGUGGUUUUUGUUUUAAGAAGUGAGCACUGCUCAUCCUCUGAGUUCUCAGGGGUUUUAUUCAGUCCAACUGAAGGUACCACCAGAACUUCUCACACACAGCCCAGGACAGCAGCUCCCUCACAUUCCCCCCAUUGAUGCUGUGCUUGGUUUGGGGCAGGAAAAGGUGCUUCCUUGCACUGUCCCAUCGUUAACAAACCACCUGCACACUGCAGAUUCAAAAGGGAAAAUGUAAUAGAACAUUGACUUGCAAAAAAAUCUGCUCUCUUCAUAUAACAUGCAUCAAAUGAAAACUUAAUUUUAGUAUAAGAGCAGCAUCAUCUCUACUGGAUAUGUGUGGAUAUGUGCAGCAGACCUGUGAGGGAGUAUUUUCCCCAGCCAGGAGGGAGCUCUUUGUCAGCAUCCUCAGGUGCAAACACCGUGACUGCAGAUGACCAUGGAACUGUGGCUGAGCACACACAGCGGGACCCAGCAGGGCGUGUGAGCGCUGCCUCUGAGCAGCUGCCGGGAGAGGAGGCUUCAGCCGCCGUCCUGAGCACGGAGGGCAAGGCCGAGUCGGUCAGUGAAAGGGAGGAGCCCGAGGGCACCGAGCCCCUGCCCGCAGGAGAGGAGGAGAGCUCUGAGCUGCCCUCUGUGUGGCGAGAGGAGAGCAGGGAGCCUUCACCGCCAGCGCCACGAGAAGAUGCUGGGGCAUCUCCAGGACCAGCAGAGGACAGUGGGCUGGUAGAGGGCAGUGACAGCUCUGUACUGGAAGCCGUUGAGAAAGUACAUAUUACUGAAGAGGAGCAUCUCAUUGAGGGUGAGACGGGAGAACAGGUGGAAACUGAGCUGCUCAGUGAGACAGUAAGUGAAGGGCCUGAAACAAAAGAAGAAGAAACAGGAGAAGCUGUGGAUAGUGCAGCAGCGACAGAGAUAGGCAUACAGCUGCUUUCUGCAUUUUUACACAAGAGAGUCAAAAAUACUUUACAGUAAAAGACAUUUUUGGAAGCAACCAAUUGGAAGUCAUGCUUUUUACAUGGGUCAUCUUUAUAUAAUACACAAGCCUUAUCAGUGAUAACUUUUCCCUCUUUGGGAAAAAUGGUAGACUGUAACAUGCAGUCUUGGAAAAUAAAAAACCUUUGUUAAAGCCAUGACUCUGCUCAUUAUUAUUUGCAGGCUUGUCUUUGUAAGCUAAGC